AUGCCUCUCAUCAAUGAGUCCCAUGACUCUCUCCCUUACAUCGAUGCAGAACCUUCCGCCCAGGCUCGAGCUAAUGCCCAGAAGCUCAUCGCCUUAGAGCUUCCUGCUGACUACUCGUCGACAAUUCAUCCUUCCAUCCCCGCAUUCCCCGAAUCCCAGUUUUCCCCCCUCGUGCAACAGGAGGUCGAACGGAAGGCUGCUGGAUUGCCCUUGACCGGUGGAAUUGAUCUUUCACGCUAUGAAGCUCCUGAGCCACCAACCAGAUCCUCCGAGGCGGGGCCAAACGCGACCCCCAAUCUUGACGAGUGGUGCCAAGCCUUGCAGAAGGCCUACACGGCUAGCUCUCAUUUAGAAUGGCAAGAACGCGUGCUGAUUGGCAACUCUCAACUGGAGGAUGUCUUACGAGGACUUGAGAGGGAAUUGGCCGAGACUAAGGAAGCUGCGGAGACGGUGAACAAGGAGAGGAAGAUCGCUCAAGAGUCCAGCAAAGGAGAGCUUGUGGGGCUGGAAGAAACAUGGAAAAGAGGCGUUGGUGCGAUUCUCGAUGUUGAAUUGGCCUCGGAGAAUCUGCGGCUGCAAAUCCUGGAGCAGCGACGUCAGCUUGCGCAGCAGCACGCUCGGUAG